AUGCAUGCGGAGAUGACCUUGAGAAAGGAGAUUGGUGCACUUUCGUCCAAUCAGGUCAAAGACUGUUCCUCAAAUGUGCAUCAUUGCGGUGGAAAUGGUGGCUGCCAGGGGUCCACCUCGGAGCUGGCAUAUGACUACAUUGUGAAGAACGGAGUUUCCCUUGAAGCAGACUAUGGGGGAGACAAGAACCAUGACGAGAAAUGCGGCAACAUCAAACCAUACAUCAAGAUUGGAGGUUUUCAGCCUCUUCCGACCAACAAGCUCCAGCCUCUUAUGGACGCUGUGACCACGAAGGGCCCUGUAGUGGUGUCUAUCGAUGCCAGUGGCUGGAACUCCUAUGGCGGUGGCGUAUUUGCCGUGGCAACAGUUUUUCGCAGUUUCCGGCUGAGGCCUCAGCCGGAAACUGCGAAAAACUGCACAACCAUGGAUUCCAGUGGGGCUGGGCGGAAGGGUACUGAGCUGGGAGUGGUGGCUAGGCUGGAGAAUACGUAUUGCUGGGAGGAUACCUGCAAUAGAGAUUCCGUGGUGAACCAUGCAGUCGUGCUGAUUGGGUAUGGCCACUCAACAGAGCACAACAAGGACUAUUGGUAUAUCCGCAAUUCCUGGGGAGAAGCCUGGGGAGAAAACGGAUUUAUCCGCUUGCAACGUCACAGCAGCGACCAGGGAGAUGCUGGAUACUGUGGUGUCGAUCAUAACCCAAAGGAAGGAACAGGAUGUGACAACGGCCCUCCGACGAUUCCAGUGUGCGGCAUGUGCGGUGUUCUCUCAGAUUCGGUGUAUCCUUACGACCUCCAGCUGUGGAAGUAA